CCAGUAUAUGGGGUGCUAUGCGCUCUCCUCCCGCCCGCCAGGGGGCGCUGUCGCUUGUCUAGCUCCGGGGGGGCCCACAGACGGACACAACAGAGGCGCGUGCGCCGGGGGGGGCGGGGCCUCGCCGCCGCCAUCUUGCCCCGGGAGCGGGCCCGCCGCCAUGGAGGCGGGCGCGGGCGGGCGCAAGGAGCGGCCGAAGCCGCGGGAGCCGGCGGCGCGGCUGGAGCGGGCCCGGCAGAGAGCGGCGCAGCAGGAGCUCAAGCAGCGGCAGCGCGCCGAGAUCUACGCGCUGAACCGGGUGAUGACGGAGCUGGAGCAGCAGCAGUUCGACUCCUUCUGCCGGCAGAUGCAGGCUUCGGGCGAGUGAGGCGCCGGCCCCGCUCUGAGCCCGCCUUAUUUAUUAGCAAAGAGCUCCUUGGUUUGGGGCUUUUCCUAAAUAAACCCUGUGCUGGUCCCGCGUG